GUGUGCGUGCGUGCGUGCGUCCGUGUGUUGUGUCUGCUGACAUCACAGCUGGAAGUGCCUUGUCACACGGGGUUAGUAAAAGUUGGGAUCGGAGCUCCACGGGGCGAGAGCGACGCGGAAAGACAGGCCGGCGUAGAGGCAGCGAACCCGGGCUAGAGGUUUCCGACCGGUCGCUGACUUCACGACGAACGUUCAAACACGAGCGACGGAUAAGUUGACAACUCCUCUUUUUGUUUGUGUUGAGAAAGAGCGGCAUACUCAGCGAGGGCGACUUUCUUCGAAGUUAAACCCUUUCAUGCCAAAUUGGAAGAUUCUUUUGGAUUUGUAGAAGUCAAGAAGAAGUACACUUUGGCACGGCGGUUGAAGCCACAAAUGAAGCAAAGUUGAAGUGCGGCUUCGUGCCAUUCAGUAAAUGUUGCGACGUUUUCGGAGAGCAUAAAACUGCUUCGACGGUCGAGCGGCGGCGUGGGGGGGGUGGGGUGGGGGGUGGGGGGGGUUCAGAGUCUAGUGAGCCGAGCUGUCAAACCCGAUGACGACGGCAAACUGCCCCGGCAAUGAGGAGCUGGACUUCCGACUCAUCUUCGGGGAGGACGGGCAGCAGCAGCCGUUGGGCCCCGCAGAUCUGGAGCCUGAUGACAACACAUCGUUCUACAUCCUAAGCCAGCCCCCAUCAGUGGUCACGAACCACCAGUCAAUCAGCCUUCCUCGUCAUGGCACACAGUCCCACUCCCCGCUCAUCAGCACUUCGCCUCGCCUUCAGUCACACAAACAAGGACCCAUGUACCUGAGUUAUGAGGCACAAGACUCUAAGUAUGGCACCUCCCCCUUGCUCCCUUCUGCUCCAGUGGAGGCACCAAAAGCCUUCGAGUGCCCCAGUAUUCAGAUCACCUCCAUCUCCCCGAACUGCCAGCAGGAGAUGGAUGUCAAUGAACAAGAUCUAAGGGCAAAUGGCCCUGAUAGGGACUAUCACAGUGAAAGGCCUCUUUCCAGAGACCACCUCUAUUUGCCUCUUGACCAUUCAUACCGGGACUCCUCUCUCAGCCCAAGCCCAGGCAGCAGUCUCUCAUCUAGGAGCUGGUUUUCUGACGCCUCCUCCUGUGAAUCAUUUUCCCAUGUCUACGACGAUGUUGACGCUGAGCUCAAUGAAGCUGCCGCUCGCUUCACCCUGGGCUCGCCGCUUACAUCCCCGGGCUGCGCCUCCCCUCAAACGGGCGUCGGGAAUCUGGAGGAGCAGCCGCAGUGGCAGCACCCUCACCCCUCCUUCGUCCAGCAGUCCCACUCUGUCACUCUGUCACCUCGACAGUCCCCCUGCCACUCACCGCGCACCAGUGUCACUGAUGAGAACUGGCUUAGCCCACGGCCACCUUCUCGGCCCUCCUCGCGUCCCACCUCACCCUGUGGGAAGAGGCGCCACUCCAGUGCGGAUAUCUGCUAUCCUGGCUCCGUGUCGCCACAUCACUCACCCUCACCCACGCCGGGACCUUCACCUAGGGGCAGCGUGACAGAGGACACCUGGAAUGGCAGUCCGUCUGGAGGAAUGUUGCCCUUCCAGUGCUGCCAAUCGGAGGCAGAUAUCCCAUCCAAGACAAGGAAGACCUCACAGGACACAACAGCCAUGCAGACAUCAGCGAAAGGAGAGUUAGGAAUAGAUGACCAAGGAAAUAUGCCUCCUAAUCUAGACUCUCCCUCAGAAGAGGCCCUCCACAGCCUCAAGAAGGAUGGGCCUGGGGAGCAGUUCCUCUCUGUACCAUCCCAUUUUUCAUGGAAUAAACCCAAGCCUGGACACACACCUAUAUUCAGGACAUCCUCACUUCCUCCCCUCGACUGGCCGCUUCCAAGUCAGUUCGGCCAGUAUGAUCUGAAGAUUGAGGUGCAACCUAAAGCGCACCACCGAGCGCACUACGAGACCGAGGGCAGCAGAGGAGCUGUCAAAGCGGCAUCGAGUGGCCAUCCCAUUGUCAAGUUGGUUGGCUACAGCGAGAAGCCUGUCAACCUGCAGAUGUUCAUUGGAACAGCUGAUGACCGUUACUUGAGGCCACACGCCUUUUACCAAGUGCACCGCAUCACUGGGAAAACCGUAGCCACUGCCAGCCAGGAGAUUGUGAUCACCAGCACCAAAGUUCUUGAAAUUCCUCUCUUGCCUGAAAACAACAUGUCUGCCAGUAUUGACUGUGCGGGCAUCCUCAAGCUACGAAACUCAGACAUUGAACUGCGAAAGGGGGAGACGGACAUAGGAAGGAAGAACACUCGCGUACGGGUGGUGUUCAGAGUUCACAUCCCUCAGCCGAACGGGAAGGUUCUGUCGCUGCAGGCUGCCUCCAUUCCUGUAGAAUGCUCCCAGCGAUCGGCUCAAGAGCUACCCCAGGUUGACAAAUCUAGUCUGACCAGCUGUCUCGUCAAUGGGGGAGAGGAGAUGGCCAUCACUGGGAGCAACAUCUUUCCUGAGUCCAAAGUUAUCUUCUUGGAGAAAGGCCCCGAUGGGCGGCCACAGUGGGAAGUGGAGGCCAAAAUCAUCCGGGAGAAAACUCUUGGCUCAUGCAUUGUAGUGGAAGUCCCACCUUACCACAGUAAGACUGUGAGCUCAGCUGUACAGGUGCAGUUUUAUGUCUGCAAUGGAAAACGGAAACGGAGCCAAUCCCAACGCUUCACUUACCUUUCAGUGAUGGUGAAACAGGAGCACCGGGAUGAGCUGGACCAUCCCGCUUUACCUGCCAUGUCCAUGCCCCUGACACACUCUGCCAGUCUGGUGCGCCCUCAGCUACCUUCCCCCGAUCAGGGCCACCCAUCGGAUAACCUUCUGUCCACCUCUCCGCAUGGCCUGGCCUCAGGCUCAGGACCCGUCCUGCUACCCCUGCAGGCUCCAUGCCCCUCCAUGGGCUCCCCAUCCUUCCAGCACCUGCCUCACCUCCAGGGUCGCAGUUUGCACCACGCCCCCGCCGACUGCCACAUGACGUUCCAUCCGAGCUCCUCUCCUAUCCCCCUUCCUGCCUCCUCCUCGCCCUCGCUGCCCGCGUACCAGCCCAUGCAGCGCAACCAGAGUCAUGCUCACAGCCUGUCCUUCAAUGGCCAGUCCAGCCUUUCACCCCAGAGCUAUGACAGGAUGCCUUUCCAGCAGAGUCCCAGUGCCGCGUCACACCCGCUGGGCAUGGGGAUGGUGUACUCCUCCUCGCCCUGCUCCUCCCCAUCAACGCCUGUGUCGUCAGGCCCCAUCGUGGGUUCUCCGCAGAGCCACCAACCCCUUUUCACCCCCUCAUCCCCACACCUCCACACGCUCGGAGGGUACCACUGCUCCCCAAAUCCCGCCCAGGUGCCCUCCCCUACCGGCCACCCACUCGUGGGGCCCCACUCAACCCAGCUGCAGCGAGCCCUGGGCUACCACCCAGUGAGUCAACGCUCGGCCUCUUGUCCCACACCAACCACCGCGCCUCCUCCGCAUAUGAUCCCAUCUGCCCACUCCGGGCCAUCUUCCCCUCAGCUCCACUCGUUGCCCUACCAGUCUCCCACCUCCUCUUCGCCAGGUAACAGUCCCUUAGGCCCCUUGCAGCAUCCGCAUUCAGGACAGCCUUCUCCCCAGGCGGCUAGCCCAGUCAUGGCCAGCUUGUCCCCGACAGCUUUGGUACACCCGCUAAGCCCCCAGGGGCCCUUCACAUCGGAGGGCGAGAGGGUGAACAUCAAAGAGGAGCCAGAGGAUAGGGAGCCCACCUUCCGCUCUAUAGGCCUACAAGACAUCACCCUGGAUGAUGACGCCCACGAGACGCUGUUCAUCUUACAGCACAGCUCCAGUGACUACUUUGACUGUGGCACGCUGAACAAAACAAGCUUGGCGUUCUUCUAACCGGCUGUCCACCUCGAUUCCUUUUUAUAGUUUAUUUUAGUUGUGUUUAUACAAAUGUAAUGAAACUUUCAAGGGUGGGGUUUUUUUGGUUUUUGAGUAAAUGGGUUUAAUUUAAGAGUCAACACUUGAAGAUUUUUGUUUUUUCAUAUUGUCUACCAGAUUCAAGUUAUGCAUUUUUGGAGUUCAAUUUCAUGUUAUGUUCGUAGUUUUCGAAAGAGAAAACUGAACUCCAAUGGUAGGUGUAAAUGUGAGUGCGAAUGGUUGUUUGUUUCUAUGUGCCCUGCGAUUGGCUGCCGACCAGUUCAGGGUGUACCCCACCUCUCGCCCAGAGGCAGCUGGGAUAGGCUCCAGCACGCUCGCAACCCUAGUGAGGAUAAGCGGUACGGAAAAUUAAUCAAUGAAUGAACUUCAAAGGCGCACACGAAUAAUGUAAUUUGAUUGUAAGAAGUAGUGGAGAAACGUUUUUUAUUUAAGAUGUGGAAGCUUUCUCUUUUAGCUGUAGAAAAGCUGUACUAUUAGCAAUAUAGGGAAAAAGAUGGUACUGGCAUUAUAAAAUGAUGUUGAUCAAUGAUGUUUUGCAACCUGCACAUUGUGCGAACACACUAGUUGAAACUAUAUGUAGAAACAUGUAUUU